AAAACACCGCCCCCUAUACUUUUGGGUGGCAGAGAGAUCGAGAGAGUGUAUACUUAGCGUCCCAUAUCCACUGCCCUGCUGUUUGUUUCGGCUCAUAGUCGGGAACCGAUGAGUGCCCACUACAAGGAGUUCGACGAGGUUGCCAGCGGGUACUACGGAGGACAGCUUCUGUAGAGAGAGAGAGAGCGGGUGCGUCCCUGUCAUUAGCUCGUCCAAAAUGGCCAGGAACUUAGAAUACUUGCCCCUGCGCCGCUUGGCUCCCCCCUCUUAUGGUGUGUCUGGCUACGGACUAGGAGGAGGAGGAGGAGGAGGAGGGGAGGAGGGGGAGGGGGAGGAGGGGUGGGGAUGGACACUGAGAUCCUUGUAAGAGAAGUCCAAGACAACACACAACACUUCAGCAGCAAUGUUGCCAGUCUGGAGAGGAAGAUGAAGCUCCUCAACACUGCCCAGGACAGUGUCAGACUACGGGAAGAAAUCAUCCAGUUGUCAAAGGACACGGUCCAACUGGCCAAGAUCACCGACACUUCGCUCAAGAAACUCAACCAGCUGACGUCCGGGAAUGGACAGUCUGAAAGAAUGGUGUACGGUCGACUGGCAAAAGCCUUUCAAACCUCUCUACAAAAAUUUCAGCCACUACAACAGAAUGUAGCUGAUCUUGAGCAGGACAUGCUGACCAGGGCUCGCUCUGGUUCCUCCAGCAGAGGCCCCAGAUUCCUCAGUUUCCAGCCAGAGUCACUGGAAAGCAGAAAGCCACUUGUCCAUCACGACAGGUCUGAUUUCUCCCAGUGUAUACAUGUUGGGUAAUUGGCACAAUAGUGCCCCAAGUUUUUGUACGAAUAAUAACCACAGGACAAUAAUUUACUUACUAGUUUCCAUGGUAACUCUUUGGGCACUGUACUUCCCAGCUAUAGUCAGGAUAAUCCGUUGGUCUGUCCUUCCCUCCAC